AUGUCUUCAUUCAACCGCUAUGCUGCGCCAGCGCAGCGCGUGCCGGCUUGGAAGCGAUUGGGCCUCAAGCUUAAAGGACCAAGCGACGACAGCCUUGUUUCUUCACCUUCGCCCGCUGCUCCUACUUCCACACCCGACACUGCCUCAUCCAACAAGAGGAAAGAGCCACCUUCGUCUUCUCAGGCAGCGCCUGCUUCUUCGUUAAAAAGGCGGAAGUCCGUGUCCUUUGCCGGCGAUCUUUCUACGCCUGACACGAAGCAGAAAACCAAUGCUGCGACAGGAGCAACAAAAGACACUUCAAGCAUACCAAAAACACCAAAGAGGCCAAAGCGGGAAAAGAGGAAGAAGACCGUCAAGGAAGGAGCCGGUUCCACCAAAGUAGCCGCCGAGAAAACAGACUUGCAGCGGGAGGUUGAAUACCUGCAGCAGUGGAAGACGGCUCGUGAGACUUGGAAAUUCAACAAGAACCAUCAAAACCUUUUGAUCAAGUACGUCUUUUCGGGCACCGACUACAUCCCGUCUUCGGACAUCGACAUCUUUUACGACUACAUUCGCGACCUGCAGGGUGGUAAACGACUGCUCCGGCGAAUCCGCGCUGAGAACAUAGUGAACGAGCUGGCAGACGCUGAGGGCAGUGGCAGUGGCAGUGUGCCUGUGUCUGUGCCUGUGGCUGCUGCGGGAAGCCAGAAGCGCGAGAAGUCGCAAGACAGCGCAGCCGGCGCAACAGGGAAGCGAGUCAAGCUGAACGACGGGACUUCAACCGAGAAGAAGAAGUCGGUGCGCAGCCGCAAGAAGCGCACGAUGGUGGACAGCGACUCGGCAAGUUCCGACAGUGAUUCCGAUAGCAGCAGCAGCAGCAGCGACGAUUCGGACGACGAGGCGGAUGAAAAGUCCGAAUCUGAAUCCAAGACUGUCAGCUCGUCUAGUAGCUCAACCUCAUCGGGUGCUGCGUUGGGAGGCAACAGAUCUAGGGCAGCGCGGGAUGUUGCAAUGGCAUCGCCAUCAAGCAGCAGCAGCAGUAGCAGCAGCUCGUCUUCGUCGGACAGCGAGUCCGGCUCAGAGAGCGAAUCAGACGGGUAG